UAGUGUUACACUGUACUUAAUUUGACUUAUAACAUCUUUCAACAUGUUUUAAUUUUCAUAGUUGGUAAAAAUUUAUAAUUAAUCCUUAAUUACUAUUGAUUGUUACACUUUUAGUUUACACUCGUAGUUUUUCUUAAAAUCCAUUAAAUGCAUGUGUAAAGAAUAAUAGGUAUGAAAAGUCAAGAACCAACAACACCCGGAGAUGGUAUUAGGUCUCUAAAAACAUCAAGAGUUUUUCGUAUUAUUAAUUUUGAACUUUAUUCAAAACCUAAUAAAGUUAUUAUGGCAUUAGGAGUUGUCUCUAUAUCGUUUACCUUUGGUUACUUGAUAUACAUGAGACAUCAGUAUGAAAAAAUGGGUUAUUAUCCAACAGUUGCUGAAGAUGGUCGCCAUGAAAUUUACAAACUCAAGCAGUCAAAAUGGGAAUGAAUAUUAGAUAAUACUUAUCAUUUUUUUCCUGUUGUCUCAAAUAAAAUUAUCAUUAAAAAAGUAAAUUAAUUAAAUUAUAGUUUUGAUUGAAUAAAUAA